CAAAAUCGUCAGUUCUGUUAGGUGGCGUUAUGGUCACGACGAGUGCGCGUUAUAGCACCUAAUCAGAAGUAGACUCAAGAGAAAGGAAGGAAAUGAAAAAGUAAGCUCACUGCGCCAGUAACCGAAUUGGAUUUUCUACCUCCACUGUUCGGGCAGGGUUUGCGGUGGUUCAAUUCGGUAGGAACUAAUGCGUAAUUUUGGCGAUAUGAAGUUAGUUGGCAUAGAUCACGCUCAACUUAAGCAAUCAACUCUGGAAAGUUGUGCUUCUAAAAGCCGCUAGCACGCUAACUAGCAGCUCCCCAAUAAGUUGUAUUGUAUAAGCUCAGUUAGCCCGUUAUAAACCAACCAGCUAGCUCUCGAGGAAGUCUCAGCAAAACAGUGCAGAUUUGGUUAGAACCGAAUCUGUAAAAGGUUUAAAUCAGACUACGCAAUCAAAGGUAUGGCAUCAGAUGUGAUUGAGAGUGAAGCCCUGCAGUGUGACAUGAGUGACGUUAUAAACAACAGCCUCCAAGACCUCCACACACCCAGGACCUACGAGGACCUGGGUCACAAAGAAGCCUCCAGCCCUUCGUCCUCCGGUGUGUCAGGUGAGGUGGAUGAAGAGGACCUUGAUGAACUGAAACAGAGCCUAGUGUCCACCUGGGAAAAGAGCGAGGAAGCAGUGGAAGAGCUUCCCGACCGAUCAGAGAGAAGCACCAGCCAAGACAAUGGAGCCACCGCCCCGGGAGAGAGGUGCUCCACACCCGUGGGUCUCCAUCAGCCACAGCCAGCCUCAGCACAGGAUGGAAGUCUGGAGCGGCAGGAAUCUGUCGCCACCACUGAGGCUCGCUUGCGGAUGGAAGGAGUGGAGCUUAAGGAAGAAUGGCAAGAUGAGGACUUCCCCAGGCCCCUGCCAGAGGAAGAGGACCUGGACGAGGAGCUGUUUGGCCGAGCAGCUGGGGACAAGGAUCCGGGCUACCCGGUGAACCAGGGCAAGAAGCCCAAGAAGAGGCUGGCCGCCCCGGACAUCAGCCUCACUCUGGACCGCAGCGAGGGCUCCCUGCUGUCGGACGAGCUGGAGGACAGCGCGGAGCUGGACCUUGACGACAUGGACACGCCCUCCGAGAACAGCAACGAGUUUGAGUGGGAGGACGACCUGCCCAAGCCCAAAGCCACAGAGCUGCUCCAGGAGGGCAUGGAGACGGUGCAGGAGUACUCGGCCAGCGAGGAGCGGGAGGAGGGCCGGCGCUGGAGGGUGUUCCGCAUCGGGGACCAGGAGCACCGCGUGGACAUGAAGGCCAUCGAGCCCUACAAGAAGGUCAUCAGUCACGGAGGUUACUACGGCGACGGCUUGAAUGCCAUUAUUGUGUUCGCAGUGUGCUUCAUGCCUGAGAGCAAUCAGCCAAAUUACCGUUACAUCAUGGACAAUCUAUUUAAGUAUGUCAUAGGAACUCUGGAGCUCCUGGUGGCCGAGAACUACAUGAUUGUGUAUUUGAAUGGGGCGACGUCGAGGAAAAGGAUGCCGACGAUGGGCUGGCUGAGAAAGUGCUACCAGCAGAUCGACCGGAGGUUAAGGAAGAACUUGAAGUCUUUGAUUAUAGUCCAUCCUUCCUGGUUUAUUCGGACUCUGUUAGCUCUCACAAAACCCUUCAUCAGCUCAAAGUUCAGCCAGAAGAUACAGUUUGUGUACAACCUGACAGACCUCGCUGAGUUGGUCCCUCUGGAGUAUGUGUCCAUACCAGAUUGUAUCAAAGAGUUUGACGACGAAAAAAAUAGGAAAUCCCGUAAAAGGGUUAAUUUUGGAAUGGCGCAUUCCGUGAAACUCGACUAGACUGUGAGCAGUUAACACCAGUAAGUAUGUGUCAAGACUUUAAGAGUCUCCAUCACUGGGUGAUGUGUGUGUGUGUUUGUGUGUGUGAUCCUGGUGUUUGCACAGUUCCUCCAGUAACUACCCUCCACUGCACACCUUGCUUGUCCUCACAGCGCUCUGCAUGCCUCACUGCACAACAGUUCUUUGCUCUUUGAGAAAACAAGUCACAUCUUUUGGGGUCGAAUCUCCUAAUAUCCAUCCCCUUAGAACAUAAAAAAUAAUUAGGACAUAUAGCGUGACCAGAUCAUGCAAUAUAUGUGUUUGAUUGUUUAGCUAAUCAAUGGUUGGUACUAUGCACAGUUGAAGAAAAUGUAAUGAAAAGGUACAUUUGAAAAUGCUGGAGAAAAAGCCUCCUGUCAAUAGUGAGUUUGUGUGCUUUUUAAGGCGUAUGUUAUUGUGCAUGAGCAUCAGACACAAAUCACUGGAUGAACAGGUUCUCCCGCCUUUGGGUGGCCACACUAGAGUGCAGAAGGACUCUGAGCCCAUAAACUUCUAGAUAUGUUCAACCAUAAAAGUGAAAAGAUAAAAGUGUGUUUAAGGAUUUUCAAAACUCAAUCUUAAAUAGAUUCUUAAACCGGAUCACACAAGGAUUAAAAAAGUAAAAACAUGCUGUAUUCCUACAGUUUAUUAAUCCCCAAUAAUAAUCUCAGAUUUAUUUUCUCAUAUCUUGGACCUUCCUCGAUCAAUUGUCAUUUGUUGAUCCUGUCGCCACUUAAUCAGCCAUCACCAGAGGGCGGAGACGCGACCGGUGUCGUGCCUGUUAUUUGAUCAGCGGUGUCCAGAGGGGUUGGAUUGUGACUGCUGUUGGGUCUCUUUGUUCAGAACGGACCAGGAAGCACACGGCAAAGUGGAGAUGGCGGCGGCAGCUGUUCCUGAGUGAGUGGGCGAACUGACUGCACUGAGACCGGGGAGACAAAAUGGAGGGCUGCGUGGAGACCACAGGCACUUGUAUACAGAUGGAUAAGGACUGGACACCUAUGGCCUUUUGAGGACGAGUGCCUCUCUGAAGCUCUGCUGCCUCGCCAGACGCUUGGAGCUGGCUUUGGUUAAGUGUGCAGAGUGCUUGAUUCCUAGAGCUCUUGUGAG